GCGAUUAGAAUGUGUACAAAUAUUGUGAAUGAUGUUUAGCAACUGUAGUUAUAGAUGUAAACUGCUGAAAGUUGACGUUUAGAAGUGCGUGGAUUAGUAAUAAUCGCCUGAAACGCAAUAUGUUUCAUUAUUACACAUAUUAGAAAUCGUUAUCUGCUCAUCUUCAAUGCACUACGCGCCGAUAGCGUAAUAUUUCAUGUUUGUUAUUAUCAAGUUGUAAAAAUGCCCGGCAACGAAAACAAACAUUGAGCGCAUGAGGGCAUUGUGUUUUGUUGAUGUUUGAUAUUAAUAUUGUGAGAAUAACGUGGCAAGGUAUAACAAAAUGUACAGAUUAUUGUGACUUGCAAGAAGAGAAACUUUUGAACAAAAAAGAGAAAAUUUAAGACGAGAUUUAUAGAAAGCAAAAAUUAGAUUAUAUUCGAAUGGAAGACAAUAAUCUAGAUGUUUAUUGCAAAUGUGUAGUGAAAAAAGACAACAAAGACACAUUAUUCACUUCUUUUUGUUGUUGUUAACAUUAUGAUGAAAUUCAAGUUGAAAAUUACACGUUCAUGAAAAUAGGUAGAGAAUUGAUAUUUCAAAGGUGAUUUUAUCGUGAUAUUGACAUUUCGCACAUUUUUGUGAUCAAAAAAUUACAUUUUUAAUUUGAAACUGUUUGUUUUUAAUUAUUUUAACAUAGCGGCAUGAUAUGCAACUUUAUCUUGAAUUGAGUGUCCAAAACACCGAUAAAUGUAUUUGUUUGAUUACGAUAUUAAGUGCACAUAUUUAAUAUGAGAUAAUUGAGUUUUUUAUCAGUCGCCUACGCAUCAAAAUAUUUGAUUAGCUUUUCAACAUAAACUUCAGCUUCAGUUUCAGCAGAAAUUUCAUGAAUUUAAAAUGCGGUGUUCGUAUUUGCGCCCGUUGAUUGAGCUUAUCAGUAUUCGUUCGCGGUAGUCACCAAACAGCGCUAGAGGGUGCUCUCGCCUCUCGGGUGGCAGACGAGAGUAGACAGCCGCGUCGCGGGGGCGGUCGUCGACAGUCACGAUCCUGGUGGCGUCGCGUCGAUAGCCGAGCAGCGCGCGCCCCAACAACCCACGCAUUCGCGGAUUCACAAACAAAAAAAAAACACGCGCGCGCGAUUCCGACAGGAUGCAGGAACAAGACUACGAGGAGCCGUCGCUGACACCCGCGUGCAAGAUCACCAACUCGCCCUCGAUGUACGUCAAGUUCAAGUCGUGGCUGCUGCACUCGGAUGCGCAAUCCAUCGAGCCGGAGAAUAUUAACGGCAUAACGGUUGAUGUUAAGGUCGAGAAUGUCCGCAUGCUGGAUCGUUAUUCGAAAACGCCAUCGCAGGGCACGCUCUACGUAACCGCCACGCAUCUGAUCUUCGUCGAUCCGGAUGAUAAAAAGGAGACAUGGAUUUUGCACAUGCACAUCGCAAAUUUAGAAAAACUACCUCUCACAACUACCGGUUCGCCAUUAUUGAUACGCUGCAAGACAUUUCUAUCAGUCACGUUCGUAAUACCGCGCGAACGAGAUUGUCACGAUAUCUACCAAACCCUUCAGCAACUCUCUCAGCCGAGCAACGUCGAGGAUCUCUAUUGUUUCCACUACACCUCGACAUCGGAGGAUAGUAGUCGUUCCAGCGGCUGGGAGUCCUUCGACUUGCAGAGCGAGUAUAAACGCAUGGGUGUUCCUAAUGAACAAUGGAAUUUGACCACAUUGAAUAAAGAAUACGAGCUGUGUGACACAUACCCACGUUACCUCUACGUCCCACAAUCGGCCAACACGACAAUCCUUAUGGGUUCGUCGCGUUUCCGGUCAAAAGGUCGCCUACCCGUCCUUUCCUACCUGCACAACAACAAAGCAAGCAUAUGUAGAUGCAGCCAGCCACUUUCGGGCUUCAGCGCACGCUGCGUUGAGGACGAGAAGAUGCUCAAUCACAUUCUCAGGACGAAUCCGAAUGCCAGUUAUAUGUACGUUGUAGAUACGCGACCGAAAAUCAAUGCUCUCGCAAACAAAGCCGCUGGCAAAGGUUAUGAAAAUGAGGCGUUUUAUGAGAAUAUCAAAUUUCACUUCCUCGGCGUGGAGAACAUCCACGUGAUGCGUAACAGUCUCGCAAAGAUAAUGGAGACAUGCGAGCAGAAAAAUCCAACCGUGAAUACACUUUUGAGUGGAUUGGACUCGAGCGGCUGGUUACGCCACAUAAAAUCGAUUUUAGACACUUCUUGGUUCAUCGCCCAGGCGGUGGAUGAAGGUGUAAGCGUCGUGGUGCAUUGUUCAGACGGCUGGGACCGCACGGCGCAAGUUUGUUCCUUGGCCUCGAUACUCUUGGACCCGUACUAUCGUACGAUAUCAGGUUAUCAAGCGCUUAUUGAGAAAGAUUGGCUCGCGUUCGGACAUAAGUUUACUGAACGUUGCGGGCAUAUUCAGGGUGAUAACAAAGAAGUCUCGCCGGUUUUCUCACAACUUCUAGAUGCAACAUGGCAGUUGAUGCAACAGUUUCCUCUCACAUUCCAGUUCAACGAGCGAUUUCUUCUAACGCUGCACGAUCAUGUGCACUCCUGUCAGUUUGGUACCUUCGUAGGAAAUUGCGAAAAAGAUCGUGUGGAUUUACGCCUCGCUGAACGUACAUUUUCGAUUUGGGGACACAUGGCAACGCAUGAAAACGAAUAUUUGAAUCCGCUCUACGAAGAAGCAGAAACGCCCGGCCUGCUGCGACCGAAUCUAUUUCCGCAGAAUAUUAAAUUCUGGCGGGGGAUGUAUUGUCGGUUUGAGAGCGGUAUCCAUCCGCGUGAACCACUCGGUGAUCUGUUACUAGCCACAUGUGAUCACAGUUCAUCAUUGGAGGAUCAUGUCAAUUAUUUGGCAAAACGCAUUUCAUCAUUUAAAUCACUACUAAACAAAGUCAAUGGGUCACAUUUCAAGCCGGAUAAUUCGAAUCUAGUCGACAAUAAACUCUAUUAUGAGAAGACCACACUCAGAGAGCUACAGAACGCUGACGAUGAUCAUCCACUGAAAGUGGUAACCAGCGGUGACUUUGAAACGAGUGACGUGAAUGUUAAUACGAUUAGCAAAGAUCUCGAAAGUGUUGCGCUCGAUUGGAAAACGCUUCGGAACAUCAAAGAGUGCGGAUGUUCCACGCCGUUUGAUCAAUUCAGUCGUAAAUACCAUUGUCGUAAAUGCGGCGACGUAUUCUGCACGCGUUGUAUCGAUAAACAAAUUGUUCUGCCGGGGCACUCGACGAAAAAGCCGGUGCCUGUAUGCCGCCCCUGCUACGACAACAUGCAGGAGCUGGAAGCGUCAAAUCGGUCGUAAUGCUAAUACUACGUACACGAGAUUCCAAUUGAACGUACACUGAUUACGUACAACUGAACUUACAUUUAGUUCAUUUUGUUAAUAUAUUUUUAUGAUUUAUACUUUGUUUGGUUUCGCGGAAUCAAGCGCUAGUUGUACAGAAUAGAUAACUAGUUAAAACAGUUUCGCAGACAAACAGAAAACACCCAGUAAGAAAUAAUAAAUCAACGGUUACUUACAAUUUACGAUUUAAAAUUGAACACGAUACACACUGGCGAAUGAUGAAUGAUGCUGAGUAAGAUGUCGCAGGAAGAUGGAUUGGAGGCAACUGUAAAAACGUGAGGCAUGUGCGCAGUCUGCUCUCAGCCACGAGGAGCGUGCGGGGGACGAGCGGCAAGAAACUAGAACUCGCGUGCAACUCGCAUAUGUGUGUUGCCGCUGAUAUUCGAAUAAGACUCAGGUGAUUAUCGCGCGCAAUUCAUGGCGCAUGCGUUAACGACUUUGUUACAUUGCCGCGACUUAUGGAACGUCCACGAGGUGUCGCCGUUAGUAUCAUCAUUGAACAUUCUUAUAAAGUCCAUUUAUCCACCAAAUAUAGAAUACUUAAGUAAUACACGAUAUUAUAAUGUACAAAAGCUUUAAUAACACAUAGAAAAUGGAAGAAACUCAAACUAUUGUACAAACAUUGGUUAAAUUGAGUAGUAUAUGGAGAGUUGAAGGAUUUUUAUCCUUCAAGAAAUGUUGAUAAAUAAAUCUAUGCUUGCUGAG